AUGUCCAACUCACUUUACGCGGAUGAUAUAACAAUUUGGACCACCGAGGGGAGCCUUGGGGAAAUGAAGGACCGCCUUCAGCGGGCUGCUUCCAUCGUCGAUAGCUAUGCUAUCGACUGUGGUCUUCAAUGCGCUCCUGCAAAAUCGGAACUUCUACACCUCAGAGCCAAUCAGAACGACAACACGAGUUUACGUAUCUCCUUGACGGGAGGUCCUAUCAGAGAAGUCGAGGAGAUCCGGAUCCUGGGCCUGUUUAUUCAUAACAGGCUGAGACCGGAAACCACUAUUUCCAAACUCAAACGUGUUGGUGAACAGGUCGGACGUAUGAUCCACCGCGUUUCUAACAAACGCAGGGGGUUACGGGGCGGGGACGCGCUUCGGCUCGUCCAUGCCUUCGUAACCAGCAGGAUCCUCUACUCCGUACCCUAUCUUCGCACUACGAAGCAACACGACGAACGCAUCGACGCCAUUAUUAGGAAGGCUACUAAGCGAGCUUUAGACCUCCCGGUGACUACAUCCAACGCUAAGUUGUUGGCGCUGGGGGUACUCAACACCUACCAGGAGCUGAAAGAGGCCCACCUCGUGAACCAAUACACGCGACUCUCGCAAACGGUUUCCGGACGCCGCCUGCUAGAUCGCUUGCACAUACAACACGAAUGCAUUCCAGAGGAGACAUGCAGGCUCCCGGAAGUGUGGCGUCACAAGCUUUGGGUUUCUCCACUCCCGCGCAACAUGGGUACGCAGACACACGAAGGCAGACGAGAGGCGCGCGUUCGGGCUCUCGAACAUCAAUACGGAUCUAAGCAGGGCGUGUACCACGUUGAUGUGGCAGGGCCGUCGCCUACUGGUUUCUAUACGGCCGCCGUAGUUCACCAGGGCCGACGCGUCGACGGACUCUCCUAUAGUGCUUUCAACUCCGCUCAAGCCGAGGAGGUAGCUAUAGCGCUUGCCGCCUCGGCCCCGAAAUCGAAGAUAAUCAUCACAGAUUCGCGCAGAGCCUGUGAGCACUACCUGGCGGGCGUGGUUUCACCUUUAGCCUACCGCAUUUUAAAGCGAGCCGUGAUGGAUUCGGACCCCUCACCUAAACGCAUCGUUUGGACUCCGGGCCACCAGGGCCUUCGAGGUAACAAGGCUGCAGACGCGGCCGCCCGAGCGCUUUCCCACCGGAUACCUCAUCCAGGCUCUUCCGGCUCAGAGAUUAGACAACCGCUUCUGCGGGUCAGGGAAAUCCUGGCAGACUAUUGCGAACGCCAUCGGCUUUACCCGGUCCCAGCCAAGGGCCUGAGUGGGGCCGAUGAACGAACGUUGAGGCGGCUGCAGACCAACACCCUGUUGUGUCCUGCAAUAGUAAAACAUUUUGACUCCAAAGUUGAUGGGCGAUGCCCUCACUGUGGGGAAGUUUCCGAUAACUUUCACAUGAUGUGGGCAUGUCAGAUGAACCCUUCCCUUCCCCCUAAUCCUUCCCCCACUAGAGAGGCAUGGGAGGCAGCCCUACUCAACUGCUCGGGGCUGGAGUCUCAAAGGGCUCUAGUCCAACGGGCGCGGGUAGCGGCUUUGUCCAGCGGGGUCCCGGACUAG